GUUCAAUUGUUUGCAAGUGAGUUUUGUCUGACUCUUAAUUUUUCAGCACAUAUAUGUACGUGGAUAUGUGUAUGCGAUGAAAAUUUUUCGCAGAAAAAAAAAGAGCAGCGAGCAAGGAAUCAGUCGAGGCACACUUAAAGAGCUCCGCACAAGUGAUAUCGGUCAGUCAGUAAUUGAUUGGUUUUAAUCGCGAUAAUACAUGGCUAUUUCUCUUUGCCAAUCGAACUCAAUUUAACGCCUCAUUAAAAGUAGUUCAAUUAUUUUUGCUUUACAAUUCCAUUAGAAAACGGAGAAAAUGAUCGACAAUUUUAAGCCGGCAAUCAACGCUAAAUUCCCGAUGUGACAUUUACACGACGCAGUAUCGACAAAAUCAAGAAUUACAAAUUCGAAUUUUAAACGCGAAAAAAAUGUGUAUCAAUCAAGUCGAAGACGUGUACGAUUGUGAUUUAGUGGUUUGAGUUAAACUUUAACAGUCAAUUAAAAAUGCAUUUAUUGUGUGAAAAAACCAGACACCAAACGCUCCGAACGCUGUCAGCAAACCAAAUUGAUUUUAAACAAAUAAUUGACAUACGUUUAAGGUGUACCAUAGACAAUUUACACACGUUUGGUACAAUGAAAAAAUGAAGCGAAAAAAAGUGAUGUUUUAAAAAUAUGCUGACGUAUUAGAGCGACAAAGAAAUAGCUUUUGAAGCAUUAAAUUGCUUAAACCGCAACCACAAUCACGUAAUCACGUGCUGAAUUUCAAAACAACGGAUAACCUCUUUGAUUCACAGCGGCCAACUUGUCGGUCUGAACAGAGCAGUUUCUUUUUCUAAAUGGACACUGAUGAUCGAUAUGUUUCUUGUGGUUGAAUUUAUCAGUACGGAAUCAAUUAUUGUUCUUAUGCAUGUGCAUGUGAUAAAAUAUUUUAUUGUUAAUUUUUAAGCUCGAGAAAGAAAAAAGUUGUUCGAUAUUUUGUCAAAAUAUUUGGAUUUACACAACGAUUAUCAUUGUUAUACGGUAAAAAAAAAUGUCUCCCAGACAGUGGCUUGCAUUAUUCUUUUUCUAUAUUUCGUAUUUGCUAUUUGGAGCGAGCAUUUUUUAUCACAUCGAACGUGAUUCGGAGGCUCAUAAAUUUGGCGAAGAGUUACAACGUCGCAUCGAUGUUAAUGAAUUGCUGAUGAGAUAUACUGAACCUCAGUAUCACAAAGAAAUUCUACAAAUCGUCGGCGACUAUUGUGGAAAGCCGGUUACAAAUUUCACUUUAGAUGUACAUCAAGCACCGUUGACAUGGAGUUUUUACCAUUCGUUUUUCUUCUCGUUUACCGUGUGCUCCACCGUGGGAUACGGAAAUAUCAGUCCGUCGACUAUUACGGGGCGCAUGUUCAUGAUAUUUUAUGCAUUGAUUGGGAUUCCAAUGAAUGGAUUCUUAUUCGCAUAUUUAGGAGAUUUCUUCGGGAAAGUAUUUGUAACGGCCUAUGAACGAUACAAAUCAUACAAAAUGGCAACGAACAAAAAUUACAUGCCCCACCAGCUUGGGUUGAUUGCUCAAAUUGUGCUAUAUUUGAUUCCGGGUAUGGUCAUAUUUCUUUUUCUGCCCGCGUUAAUAUUCAGAUAUUUUGAAGGUUGGGAUUAUUCAGAAGCCAUUUACUACAGCUUCGUCACCUUAUCAACCAUCGGAUUUGGCGAUUUCGUCCCAACAUUCCAGUCGCAAGAGAAUAUAGAUAACUUCGGUUUUAUGUUCUACGUUUACGAAGUGUUCAUCAUAUUUUGGUUCAUAUUUGGCCUCGGUUAUUUAGUCAUGAUUAUGAGCUUCAUUGCAAAGGGCUUGCGCAGUAAGCACAUAACGCGAUUGGAGCAUCAGCUAUCGGAAAAUAUAAAGGCCACACAGAGCCGCAUAUGGAAUGGUGUUACGAAGGAUGUGAGCUAUUUGCGGCGUAUAUUGAACGAGGUUUAUCUUAUGAGAUUCAAGGGUACUGACGACGACGAGCCAGAAGUGUGCAGCACUCAAAGAAGAACGUCGUCAUGUCCAGAUUUGACUACUUAUCGUCCAAGCUCUGAACCAGCCCGAAAACGGGCCCAAUCUCUAUUUUAUCACGUUGAUGAUGAGCCAGACUUUUUAUCAAAUCUGACAAAUAUGCACCGCGUUCAAUCCGAUGGAGAUCUGAAUCGCAAGGCUAAUCGAAAUCGAGCCUUUGAUGAAUCUAACUUGCAACUGCAGCCCACGGAGUUGUUGGCACGAGUCUUCACCGCGUUGGGCAAUAUCAAAGCGGCUGACGACGAAGCACAAAGUAUCGCAGCAAUGAGUGGCGGUUUCAAUGGUCUUUCCGAUUCGCAAAUUCUGGCCAGUGAAAAACAAAGCAAUUGGUCACUACCAUUUUCCGAAAGCAGCUAUGCAGUACCGCCACCCAAAGCACGUGGUCGAGCGGCAUCCGACUUCCGCGCUCCAAUGCCAGAUCAAUUGGAGCUAAAUAAUUCACAUGAUUGGACCUGGAGUGGAAAUAAUCAACAAAUCGAAGAAUUUAGGCGCUUAAGAAAUGUCAACAAGAAAAAGUCUCCGGAUUUGUACCGGACAGCGCUCACCUCACCCAAAGUCGAAAAUCCUCCAGUUGUAAAUAUGGAAGAAGGAAUGUCUCCGCAAACAAUACUGCCACCCAGUCGAGCCAGUUCGCCAUCAAUAUUUGGCCGAUUUAAUCCGUUCAAAAAACGCGAUGAUUCAAGAAAAAUGUCCCUGUUGCCAGACCGUUUGGAUAUCAAAAAUUAUUUGGAUCACACAUCCGCUGGUCGGGGUUCGCGUAUUAGUGUAUCUCCAUUUGCCAAUGUCACGCCUGCGGGGAGAAGGCGAACAAGUACGUUUUCAAUAAUGUCGACAACUGAUGAAGGCAGCGCCGAUGUUUUGGAGAAUACAACAAUUGCCGAUUUGAUUCGGGCACUUGAAGUUAUGCAUACACAGGCUGUAACAGGAGAUGGUCCAUUGUUGGAGAACUUAUUGGACAAUCCACGGCCCAGACUGGGGUCAAGUAUAUCAAUGGUACAAAGUUCCACAACUCAGCAUCAGCAGCAGUCGCCGCCACCACUGAUAAAUAUUUUCCCGCCAACAACACCAACGCAGCAGCGAUCGCCGCGAGAUCGUCGUAACUCAAUGCGACCACUAUCUACAGCGAAUACACCGUUAUCCUAUCGUUCGAAUCGAAGACAAUCGGCAAUUGUCGAUCUUCCAUCAACCAGACGUUCCUCACUUUUAGUUCCUCCUUCAGUGGGCCCACCACCAUAUUCAGAAUCCACUCCGCGUAAAUCCCAUCGCCGUUUUAGUGUACGACCGACAAUGCUCAGCAUUCCGCCAGGCCAAUCACCAAUGCCAUCGUUGCCAUCGAUUCAGGCGACAUCAACACUGCAAAGGAGAUUGUCGCGACCGAGCCCACUACUCACAGACUACAACAAUUUAAAUCUUAGGCCAAACCGAUUACGGUCAAUUUCAACCGAUUCAAGUAAUUAUUCGGUUUCGCCGUUGGAAAUGUCACCAGUGGUGAAUCGCAGUGCCCUUCUAGCUCCGGUCACAGAAACCCGAUUGAAUGUACCGCAAGACAGACAAACAAGUCGUUCACAGCUCUUCAAUACAAACACAGACAUAAAUCGUAGAAGGAGCGAAUCAAAAUGAAAUUCAAUCAAAUAUACAGUGCGAUAAAUUAGAUUAAGUUAGUGGUAGCAUUCAAGUGACUAUUACUAUUAGUAUUAUAGUAACUAACACGAUGUAUUCUUCCCACUUUUUAUUUUAUUUUAAUUUAGUUUAUAAAGCUGUUCAAAUGUUGGCAUUUAUGUUUCUAGUUGAUAUUUUGUUGAGAAUAUGUAUUCGUUUUCUGAGAAACAUAUGAAAUAUAUUUAUAAACUGCGUUAUUUUUAACGAAUGAAA